AUGGAGUCCACAUGUCCUCAUCUAGGGGCAGACCUAUCUCACGCCGACGUCGAAUUUGACGCUGAUCCGGAAAUAGAGGAGAUGACUGCGGCUGUUGUGUGCCCCUGGCAUCGCUACGACUUUGACCUCAAAACAGGAGAGAGUUCGACCGGUUUGAAAGCAUGUGCGUAUCCGGUUGAGCUGAGAGACCGAGAUGUGUGGAUCGGUGCUCCUGGAGAGGGCGAGUGGGAAGUUGUAGAGAAGAGGCCGGUCUCAGAGGACUUCGCAGAGUCAAGCGCCAGUAAAGGGGUGCCAAACUCUAGUACCUCCGAAGCCACGAACUCUAAAAUCACGACCACGUUCGAAACACUCACCUUGGAGGAUAACGAACCGGAACCAGGCACGUUGAUGGAAUGGGCGUGUCGAAUUCUUAGCACAUCGAACCCUGAAAAGAAAGUCGCACUUACGAGAAAGGCGGCAGCAGCCUGGCGAACAGGAAAAAUCACCUCGAGUGGCCAGAAGAAAACUAACCUUGUAAUCCCACCCGACGUUCCCCCUCGGGAAAAUCUUGUGACAGUUGAACCCGGUAAAGUUGGAAAGAGAGGCAAGGCGGGCAGCGAGCGAAGUCGUAUCGCCAUUUUGCAUGCGUUGGCAAACAUUGAACAAUGGGCAAUUGAUUUGGCGUGGGAUAUAAUUGCCCGGUUUGGAUCAGUAAAACUAGCAGGAGAGCCACUCCCGCCACAAUUCUUUACUGACUGGGUCAAGGUCGCUGAAGACGAAGCCAAGCAUUUUUCUCUGCUUUCCUCCCGUCUCACCCAACUCGGCACCUACUAUGGCUCACACGCCGUUCAUGCUGGCCUAUGGGAUUCGGCAUCCCGGACAGCCCAUUCCUUACCUGCUCGACUAUGCAUCAUCCAUCUCGUACACGAAGCAAGAGGACUAGACGUUAACCCGGUUACCAUAAACAAAUUCAAAGCAGCUGGGGACACCGAGAGUGUCAAAGUACUCGAAGUCAUCCACUGGGACGAAGUCACGCAUGUCACAGCCGGUCAUCGAUGGUUUACAUGGGCCUGUAAUCUCCUAAACGAAGACCCGGUACAAGCGUUUCGACGCGAAGUGCGAGCACACUUUUCUGGUGCCCUCAAAGGUCCGUUCAAUGUUGUGGACCGAGCACGCGCAGGCAUGAGCCCAGAUUUUUACGAGGAUCUUAGAGGCGAAGCAAAUGAGGCAAAGAAGAAAGGGAAAUGA